AUGAAUUCAUUGGCGCUACUUUCUUGUUUGAUUCUUUGUUUUUCUGUAUUUACUGAUGCUUCUUACAAGUAUAGUUACGAUUAUACGUCUCCACCACCACCACCAAAAAAGUCUGGAUAUCCGUCAUUGCCACCAAAAAAAUCGACGUUUGGUAUUGGCUUCUAUUCAAAAUCAUGUCCACAAGCUGAAGGCAUUAUAAGAAAAGCUGUAUUCAAAGCUGUUCUUAUGAAUCCUGGCUUUGCUGCUGGCAUUAUUCGUAUGCAUUUCCAUGAUUGCUUUAUCAGGGGUUGUGAUGGUUCAGUGUUGCUGGAUUCAGUUCCUGGAAAGGAAACAGCUGAGAAAGACAGUCCCAUUAACAACCCGAGCCUUCGAGGUUUUGGGGUUAUUGAUGAAGCCAAGGCAUUGCUUGAAAAAGUAUGUCCACACACAGUUUCGUGUGCAGACAUACUUGCUUAUGCUGCUAGAGAUAGCGCAUUUUUUGUAGGUGGUAUAAAGUAUGAUGUACCAGGAGGACGUCGUGAUGGACGUGUUUCAUUGAGUUCUGAAGUCAUUCAAAACCUCCCUCCACCUUUUUUCGAUGCCAAGCAACUCGAAGACAACUUCAAAGCAAAAGGAUUGUCACUUGAUGAAAUGGUGACUUUAUCAGGAGCUCAUUCAAUUGGUGUCUCUCAUUGUUCUUCUUUCUCUAAUAGGCUUUAUGGUUUCAAUACUACACAUCCUCAAGAUCCUUCACUUGAUCCUAGAUAUGCUUCUUUUUUGAAAAACAAGUGUCCUAGACCAAUGAGUGAUACUCAAGAUGAUCCUAUUGUGAAUCUUGAUGUUUCAUCACCUAUUCAUCUUGACAACAAGUAUUAUCUCAAUUUGAGGAACCAUAAGGGACUAUUGACUUCUGAUCAGACGUUGUAUGAAAGUCCUUUAACUUCUAAGUUGGUGUUGAAUAACGUUAAGUUUCGAUCGACUUGGACACGUAAGUUUGCUAAUGCAAUGGUUCAUAUGGGUUCAAUUGAAAUCCUUACCGGUAACAAGGGUGAGAUCAGAAAGAACUGUCAUUUCAUCAACUGAGUUAAUAAAUUCCAACAGAU